UCUUGGAAAGCAAUAGAAGUGAAGAGUCAACAUUGCACAGCCUCAAAGUCAAGAGUCAACUUUGAAAAUUUUAGCCCUCUUUUUUUCAUUCAUCCACACCCAAUAAUGUAGAAAAUAUUGUGCUUAUAAAUGGAUUCUUUGUACUUUUAACUAACAACGUCCCACCCAGAGUAGAGUUGCAGCAAAACAUGAAGCAGCAGCAGCAGUCUUCAACUUCUCUAGAUCUGGUGCAGUUGGCAACAGCAGCAAUAGUGUUACUUUUUCUCGCAGGCCAACUCCCAUCUAGUUGUGCUCUAGUUCCUUCUGGUGCAGAGAAGAGUCCAAUUGAUGUCCUUUUAUGUGGAAGUAGCUGGAGGAAGAUGUUUCUGGACAAAGAAGGCUGCUCUCGACGUGCAAGUGUGGUCGUGUAUAGCAACAGAAGGAUUUUAAUGAAAUCAGGCGCGAUACUGCCCUCUCCGCCAUCACCUACAAGAAAUCAGUUAAAACGGCAGGGUGUACCACUCCCACCACCCCCACCACCCCCAUUGUUAUAA